AUGGCGAAACCCAAACAGUUGGUCUCUAAGCGCAACCGGUUCUAUGAAUCGGAGACUAGCAGCAGCGGCGAUGAUGAGGACCCCGACCCGCCCGUCACCAGAUCUAGGGCGUCGAACAAGGGCGACAAUCCUACUGCUCCUUGCCCGCCGACUCAGGACUCCGGAAGGGCUUCUAGGUUCGCGUCUCAUGUUGUGAAUAAGGCGAUGGAGCCCGUGCCGGACGACAUGGUGGCCGCUAUCGCCCGGAAUUAUAAGAAGGCAACGUACAGCAACGUGAUGCUCAUGAAUCACCGCGGUGUCGGAUGCACGGUGGAUAAGGACGACUUCAUGUCAAUCGAGGACGAUCAGUGGAUUACAGAUGGUGUCAUCGACUUCCACAACGUGCUGCUUAGCAUCAGGAGACCAACGCUCCGCGACGGGAAGACAUGGGCCGCCAUGGACUGCAAGGCUUACACACAGACGAAUUUGCACGGUGCGCCGUUAACGCUUGGGAACGGGCGGCUGCUUCUGGAACACGAUUAUCUGGCGAUCCCGGUGCUAGAAUCCGCGAUCAAGCAUCGGAAUAGCCGCAAGAUUUUAGCAGGAACAAUGCUUGUGCUGUCUGAGCUCGCAAAGGCGAGCUCCCCAAGCGCGAACAUGGAGUUUGUGGACCAGACGCUGAAGGAGGCGGACUGUUGCAUUUUACGGGAGGACAAGCUGCCACAGCAGCCUAACAAGGAGGACUGUGGGAUUUUUGUUUGCCAGUACCUCAAGACCCUCGUGAAUACCGACUUCGCCACGGUUCUUUCGGGCCUCUGGUUCCAGGGUGUGACACCGCACCAAUACAGGAGGGAGAUGCGGCGCGACCUAUGUGCACACGCGAGCGGCGCUCUUUUGCAACAGCUGCAGGACAUGGGAAUUGAGAUCCCCCCGCAAGACGAAGGCCGGGUUACCGAUGAGGGUACAGUGGUGCAGUUGAAGAACGCGGCUGUGGGAGAUGGGAGGACGGCACCGGUCACUCGCCCUGUGGAGGACGCACGGGUUACGGAGGUGAUGAGGCGUGUAGCCUCCUUGACUAACGAUGUGAGGUACCUGAACGCCACCGUCACCGUGAUCGCCAACUUUGUGGGACUGAGGCGGGACGAGGUCAUGUCCGCUGCAACCCAACUGCUGCUGCAGGGCGGUCACCCGGGCACCGGCACGAAUGCAGAGGCGGGUGGCAACAAGACUGCGCCUCGCACACCACAGCGUCCGUCUGCUCGUAAGAGGCGGGCCGACAGCAGUCCUGAGGAGGAUGGCGUGCGCAACGGCACCCGGGUAGCGCUGGCCUCCACGUUCGCUGCAUGUGCGCCUGCAUCGAGCCUGCUCCCGAACCCGCUGCUCUCCCAAGGUGCCAUACCUCACUGGAUGUUCACGCGCGGGAGGCAGCUGCUCGGGAACGGUGUGCCACCUGGAGAUGCCGCGUUGGGAGACACGCACGGGCAGGAGACGCUGAAGGGCGAAGAGGAGGAGGACCUCGUGUCCGACUCAGACGACGAUGGCGAGGACGAGGAUACGUGUGCAACCACGUACACGGGUGUGAAGCUGGACAAACGGACUGGCAAGUUCGGCGUCAAGAUCUUGAUCAAAGAACGUGGAAAGCGUAAGCAGCAGCGCCUGGGAGCAUACACCACGGAGGAAGAGGCGGCAUUCGCGUAUGCCGCUGGUGCGUUCGUCCUGAGGCCACGCGACAGGAUACCCAACACCGUCACCCUGUCAGCGGCUGAGAAGGCGAUGCUGCGGGGAUGCACAAAAGAAGAUUUGCAGAUACUGGUGGAAGCAAGGAAGUGGUGGAGGUGGCGAAGCUGGCGUGACGCGCUGGAGAGCGCGAGCAGCAGGCUGAAAGGAGGGAGGAAGCGUGGGGGUGACACAGAUGACGGCACGGGUGCAGAGAGUGCAGAUUCGUCCGAGCGCAGCGAGGAAGAGGACGAGGAAAGCGAAGACACAUCGGCGCCAGGCUCACAAGAGGAAUCCGCCGACCAGGGCGCUGGAGGGAAGACGCACGACGAUGGAUGUGCGGGAAUAUCCGCGGCCAAUGCUGACAGGCGCACACAUCAAGAUGCGCGGGACACGGAUGUGUCUCGAGGCGACGGCCGAGGACAGGCGGACGGACUUGUUGGCCGCACACGCGUGAACACCUUGGACGCCAACGGCGAUGACGUGCGCAUCCCUAGCCGGAUCCUCGAGCAACUCAUACAGGCGCAGGACAAGAGCGCCAAGGAGAACGCGCGUUUGGAGGCGCUGUUCUUGAAUGCGAUGUCUCGCCCUUCCGGUGGCUCUGGUAAGCGUAAAGCUCAGAAGCAGAGAGACCCGGGGCAGGGUUGUAUGAACCCGAAGCGACAGCGUGGUGAGACGUGGAGUGGCGGGUCCGACGGCGACGGCGAGGAUGACGAUGACGACACGCAUGGUUCUGGUGGCCGUCAUAUGCGUACCGCGAAGUCUCCUAUUCUGCAACGCGCGUUGGAGCAUUUGCCGACGGACAAGGCAUGGAAGGUGAGCGGGCAUGUUACCGUUGGGGCCUUUUUUUCCGUUCGUCGUGUUGGGCUGGCAUGUGGGUCAGGUGAUGGUUACCGGUUUGCACUUAUAUCAUGUUUUGUGUACACCGUAUGUGCGCAGAGGGUUUGCGAGCUGGCCAGGGUGCACAUGUUUCUCAACAGGCCGACGUCGACGAUGACCUUCUACCCGAGCAGCGACGAUAAGACUCACGGAGUGUGUGCGGUGCUGGACCGCCUGCCGCAUAGCUUCGCCUGUUUGGCGCUGGCGGCUGACAAGUCGCGUCGCGCGGAUCUCAACAAGACGCUAUCUGAGUGGAAGACAAGGGCUGCCGCACGCGUGCGAGACAUUGCACUUCCCAAGCUCGGAUUGUUCCGCGACGACAGGGACGCAUCCAGCCCAUGGGCGCCCGAGAAGGCACGCAGUAUCGAUAAGAUCCGGGAGCGCAUUGGUCUUGGCGCUGACUUCCCUGAAACCCUGGUGCUCACGAGCUGGGCGAACGACCGUGACGGCAUGCCGUUUGCCUCCCGGGCGUUCGCGACAUGCGCGAAGGCUGCAUUCAGGCCCAAGAAGGCCGGGCUGGUGAUGACACUGAAGGUGUACCACCUGGCCUGGUUGGAGCAUGUGGUCUCCGACUGCGUCCUCUACUGGGAGGAGAGGAAAGGCCGGCUUUCCAACUCGGCCGGCGGCAACGCACACGUCGUGGACGGCCUCAAGGUCCUGGUGAAGGAGGUCGUGGAGAGGGCGAUCAGGAUCCGCAACCCGGAGUAUGACGCAGAGCGAGAGGCGUGGAUCUGGGGGCGCCAUGGACUGCGCAUCUCUGCGUGCGGCCUGGAGCACAUGAAGCCCACCGCAGCAGCUCAGUCCGAAGAGCCUGAGGGGGACGACGACCUCUCGGCGUCAGUUGGUGAUGAGUAUGCCGAAGGGCGUGUGAGGGCGUUCAACAUUGAGGCGCGCACCGUUGGUGGGACAGGAUACCCGUCGGUAGCGAAACACCGCGGGAAUACCGUCAACCAGGUGUUUCGUUUGGCGCCGACCGCGCCGCAAUUUGCGGCGCCUUUCACGGAACGUGACAGGUGUCACGGAAAUGUGUGGACGUGGAAGCACCCGCGGGGCGCAAGCGUGGACAUAUGA